AUGCCCUAUUUCCUUCCGCGCAGCACUGUCCUUUUUAUGUACUUUUGUCUUCAACAAAGGAAGAUGCCGGAUCAACAACGUCCAGAUGUUACGACGGCGCUUAUCCUUUCUUUCCCCUUUCUUACCGUUUCAAUGGAUUCGACGGCGACGGACGGCGGACGCGACGACGAAUGGACGGCAACGACGGACGAUGAAGCGACGAGGAGCUGA